CUCACUGCCAGCCAAUCAGCGGUCGGUGUUUAGACUUGGAAACUCAUGGCUGAAUUCGCACAUUGUGUGAAUCUACAAUUUAAAGUGCAGCUACACAAAGAUGACAGACUAUGCUGAAGAGCAGCGAAACGAGCUGGAGGCCAUUGAGUCCAUCUAUCCGGAUUCUUUUACAGUGCUUUCGGAGAAUCCCGUCAGCUUCACUGUCACUGUGACGUCAGAAACAGGAGAAAGUGGGGAAACUGUGGAAGCAACGUUAAAGUUCACGUAUGUUGAGAGAUACCCAGAUGAGCCUCCACUCUGGGAAAUCUCCUCCCAGGAAAACCUGGAGGAUGCGGAUAAGGAGGACGUCCUGUUCUUACUUCAGCAACAGGCUGAAGAAAACCUGGGCAUGGUGAUGAUUUUUACCCUCGUGACUGUGGUUCAGGAGAAACUCAAUCAAAUUAUUGAUGUGAUGAAACUCAGACGAGAUGAAGAGAAGCUGAGGAAGGAGAAGGAGGCUGAGGAAGCUGAGAAGGUAGCCUUCCAGGGAACAGUGGUAACAAUUGAAAACUUUCUGAAGUGGAAAGCCCAGUUUGAGCUGGAGAUGGCUGAGCUGAGGAGGAAAAGCCAGAAGGAAGAAGAGCAGGCAGGAAAGGUCAAGCUGACUGGCAAGCAGCUGUUUGAGAGGGAUCACAACCUGGACACCUCAGAUAUUCAGUUCCUCGAAGAUGCUGGAAACAAUGUGGAAGUGGAUGAGUCGCUGUUCCAAGACAUGGAAGACUUGGACCUAGAGGAUGAGGAGGACCCAGACUUUGACCCUUUAGAAAUGGGCAGUGAUGAGGACUGAGAGCGGCGGAGACCAACAGGACUGUGGCUGAUCCUCUCGAGACUGUGUGAUUGUACUUGUCACCUCAAA